UCAGUGAAGUGGUCAGAGAUUUCCUCCUGUGUCAGUCCUGUCUGAGUCUCGCUGUGAAGACGCUUCUUGAAAUCCAGAACAGAGACGGACAGAAGUCCAGACACUCGUGUCACGAUCUGAAGCUGGGAUUGGGCUCUUCUGGAAACUGGACUUUAGAGAAAUUAUGCUAAUCUUUGGACUGCUGCUGCUGCUGCAAACUGCUGCAUGUCUGGAUCGGUUCUGCAGGAUUAAUCAGUCUGAUAUCUGUUACGCAGCUCUGGGACACAAACUCAAUCUGCUGAUGGUGCGGGACGCUAGUAAAUAUGACACGACGAUACAAAAGAGAAUAAACAAAAACAAAACAACUGAUCCAGUUUGUAGAGUAAAGAAUGGCAGGAUGAGGGAGAAAGAAUGUGAUCUUUAUAGUAACAGACCUGAAGUUGCAGUCAUUAAUGGGACUCUGAUAAUAAACCGUGUGAUCAGAGCAGAUUCAGGGAGUUACACAGUAACUUUAACUCCCUCAGACGGCUCAGACACAUCUACAGAUCUUCAAGUGAAUGUUGAAGCUCCUGUUGGCUCAGUGGAAGUGUCCAUCAGCUGCUCCUCCAGUGGAGUGAAGAGGGUGUCCUGCUCCUCUGAGGGCGAGCAGAUCCUCUACAGCUGGAGUCUGAAUGGAGGUCCACUGAUGGAUGGAAACUCCAGCUUUGAUCUGAAUGAGGGAACUGAUGGAAACAUCAGCUGCAGUGUGAAGAACCACGUCAGUCACGGACAGAAGACCGUUAGUGUCAAACCCUGUCCUGGACCAACUACUGCAUCUGUGACCUCAACAGAAAAUUCACCAACUGGCUUACAUGUCUCUCUGAUUGUUUUGAGCUGUGUUGCACUGAUCCUGAUUCUGCUGUUCAUCACCGCAUAUCACAUUUUCAAAAAAAAACAGGUCAAGUCGACACCAGCCACUGCUGCCAGUACGGAAGUCAUAUACGCUGAUAUCUCUCAUGAGAACAAGAGUGAAAAGAAGAAAACAGAAUUACUCCCGGCUGGUGGUGUGGAAUACGCUGCAAUCCAACCGCAGAGGAAGAAGAGGAAAGAGAAGAAGGAAGAGGUUCAGUACGACAGGGUGACGUUCACUGUAAACCACUCAAGCGCUCACACACGGCCUCAGGAGGAGUGUAUUUACUCUCAGGUGCACAGUUGCUAGCUUCACAACAACAGCCAUGUAAAAAUCACACUUUAAUAAGAACUUCUAAAGCAAAUUGAUGUGUUUGUGUUAAAAAAAUCCAUAUUUAAAACUUUAUAAACCCUAAUUCUCACUUUAUGCUUACGCUAGUGUUCCUCAA